AUGCUUUCUUGCAUUUUGUUGUACUGUGUUGCGUGGGAGUUGCAGAUGGUUGCUGUGGAAACAUUGUGGAAAUCAGGGUGGAAAAGGUCGCGCGCUUCCUUCGCAAGCUUGGCCCAGCUCGUUUCGUCUUUAGGUCUGAGGGUUUGGUCGAAGGCUGAAGACAUGUCCUCAACUGACUCUGGCUUCGAAAGCUUCCUCGGAGCAAUGAGAGGUGCCGAAGACCGCCAUGCGGCCACGUAUUACUGCUUUGGCACUGAUGACAAGGACAAACUUGUGAACCCUGCAGAGACCUUUAACCAGUUCCUGAAGGAUGCGCCAAAGCCGGGUGGAAAGGGUGAUGGCAAGGGGAAAUGA